UAUGUAUAAUUAUAAAAUUUAAGUUGCACCACAAAUUAAUCAUGCUUAAUCAGAUCAUUAUUAUCAUCCAUAUUCAACAUUAAGUUAUCAAUCUUAUACUAAUAAACCUACAUAUUUAUAACAGUUAGCAAAUCAAAAAUAUUAUAAUGACUGUUAUUAUUAAGAAAAAUAAUAUUAUCCUUAAGCUGAUCGUUAAUUAUUUUAAAUAUAGAAAGAAUAACAUUAUGAAUAUAUGACUAAACUAAAUAAGAAUUUAGAAUUUGAUUUUCAAACUUUAAAAAAUAAGUAAAUUAUUCUUAUAUUUCAAAAGAAUUGAAACAUUAUCAAUUUCAUACAUUGAAGAAAGAGAAUUAUUUUAAUAAAUGAUUAAUGAAAUUGCUUAAUAAUUACGUGAUAUUGAAAAAUGUAAAUCAAACAUAGUUUCUAUAAACUUUUCAAAAUUAUCAAAUAAUAUAACAGUCAUUGAUUUAUUAGAAUAUUUGCAUUAAUAGGAUCUUAAAUAAAUUAAAAAGAGUGAUAUUGAGUUAUUCUUUAAUUCUAUAAACUAAUAAGUUCAAUAAGAUUACAUAUCGUAAAUUAUUCAUUUAUUCUUUUUAGAAAACUUAAAUUAUAAAAUCUAAUUGGAAAAGAUUAUCUUACAAAAUAAGAAUAAGAUGAACAUCUAGAUUAAAUAUAAGCCAGAGUUCUAGCCAUGAUAAUUCAAACUUAUACUCAUUUAGAAUUUUAUAGAUAAAAAUUCAAAUAUAUGGCAUUAAAAUUAGAUUAUAUUUUCAAUUGGUUAGACUUUGAUAGAGAUGGAAUUUUAUCAUUUGCAGAUUUCAAAAGCAGAUAUCCAAGUGCAGAUAUAGUCUUUAAAUUCUUUACAUAACAAAGUUUAGAUAUUUAAACCUUUGUAAAACUAUUACAACCACACUCAUAAGCUAAAUACUUUUGA